CCACCAUGUCUUUUCCUCGCCCAAGCUUCCCUGGACAACCUCAGCCCCCAAUGCAAGGUUAUAAUUCAGCUUAUCCGCCUUAUUCAGGCCCUCCACCCACAUUCAACCCGCCUCCAGGCCCUCCACCGCCACAACAGUACUAUUCACCACCUCCUGGCCCACCUCCUGGUCAUACUGAUCGACAUGGUGCCUCAUAUAAUCCAGUUUAUACUUCACUACCACCUCCAUCGCAUUCCUAUGCCCCAGCGGCAGGUUAUGCCCCUCCUCCUGGGCCUCCGCCACAUCUCAAUACUCAGCCUUAUAACCCUUCGUAUCAUCAUCCCCAUCCGAACGCUGGAGCCCCUAAUCAACCGAUAUCGCUCUACUUGAACGUACAAGUUCCGACACCAGCCGGGCCACAACAACCCCCACCGCCGGUUCUGGGUUACGAUCCAACGGGCGAUUACGAACGAGUAAGAAAGGCUACGAAAGGUUUCGGUACAGAUGAAGCCGCACUUAUCAAGACGUUGGCGCCGCUCGAUGCAAUGAAAAUGGCCAAUUUGUCGUCCGUUUUCAAGAGCAAAAGCGGAAAAAGUCUCGCCGAAGUUUUGGAGAAGGAAACAGGGGGUUGGUUCAGAACUACACUUCAUGCAGUUGUUCUCGGUCCUCUUUGGUACGACGUCGAGUUGGCCAAUCAAUCGAUUCGAGGCCUCGGAACCGAUGAAACUCUUCUCACUGAGAUCAUCGUAGACCGGACUCAGAACGACCUGAAUCUCCUUAGUAUCGCUUAUCGUCAGCGGUACGGGAGGAACUUUGAAUCCGAGAUCAGGGGCGAUUUAUCUGCCAAGACCGAGAGAAUGUUUUCAAUGAUCCUCGCGAACAAUAGACCGCCCGAUAACGCGCCAGUAGAUCACAGCCAAGUCGAACGGGACGUCGCCAUCUUAUACAAGGCUGCGCAGGGAAAGAUAGGGACAGAUGAGAUCGCGUUCUGCGAAGUCAUCGUCAAUCGAUCCCGUCCUCAUUUGACUGCACUAUGCGAUGCGUACGGGAGGAAAUACAAAUCUUUGACUAAAGUCAUUAAAUCCGAGUUCUCCGGACAUAUGCGUUUCGCUCUGCUUUACAUCGUCAAUGGAGCCAAAAAUAAACACAUUAAUGAAGGACAGGGAGUGUGGCGAGAUGCUAAACUGAUAGAGGCUUCGAUGAAAGGUAUUGGAACAAAGGAUAAACAGCUCGUUUGGAGGAUCGCGAGGUCUCAUUGGGACAAAAAUCGAUUCCAAGCCAUCAAGACGGCGUACCAGAAGAAGUACAAGAAAUCGCUCGAAUCGAGAGUUGCUGGAGAGACGAGUGGCGAUUAUAAGAAGAUGUUGUUGGCUCUUAUCGUUGCGUAGGUUUCGAUCACACAUAUAUGAUAGUGUAAAGUAUUCCAACCUCUUGUUAUUGUAUGAAUCGAAAAUUGUACUUAUUUCAAGAUACAAUCAACCCAGCGUUUCUGACUUCCGAA